AUGGCGCAACAACCCGACCCCAGUCACAAUGUCCCGGGGGAGCUGAUCCCCCACAUCCACCUCAUGUCCUCAUUUCGAUACCCGGCAGCAGCUCGCCUGGACAUCAACGAGGUUGCCAAGUGGCUGAUGGCCGCGCCGCAAAUCGCGCGUGACAAGGCUCCCUUCUUCUGGGGUUAUCUCGACAAGCCCGCGGAUGGCACAACUCUCCUGACAUGGCAACCGUUGCAGCGCCUGGGUACCAACUUUGCCACGGAUGGCUUCGUGUGGUCGCCUCCUGAGGAAAUCUACAAGCACGACCUUCGCAAUGGCGCAAUUAUGGAAAUCUACUUGUUGAAGACUGGCUAUAUUCCUGGAGAACAAGUGGCCGCUCACGCCCGGCGUCGCUUCCGCCUGGUGCCCGCACCUAACCACCCGAACCCUCCUCCUGUCGACCAGAACCUUUUUGUUGUCCACUACGGUCCUUCGGAUCCCGAUGCCCGUAUGCCUCACAAUGCAAUUCCCUACGAUGAGAGAGUUGCUGCUAUUAUGCAGCAGCGUGCGUUCCUUCUCAACCGCGGCAUGCUUCGACGCAAAGACUUUAUGCUAUCCGACCGCGCCAACUGGCCCACGAUGCCCGAGCUCACGCGCCAGCAGAUGGGUGGGCAGCAAAACCCUCGCGGUGUGCCUCAGCAGAUGGCGUACCCGCCGCAGCCCGUCGCCGGGCCUCCCGCGAAGCGAGCUCGCCACGGCCAAGGUCAGCAGGCUGCCAUGCCUCAGAUGCCGGCACUUGACGUUCUGGAUGACGACGAAGAUAUUUCGCGAGGUGACAUGUUUGACCAUCUGACUCCGAGGGAGCUGUCUCUCGGACGUUACCAACAAAACCACGAGUGGAUGGAGGAAAUUCUCUCCUCGCCAUAUCGCAUGGGACAGAUUACCCCCGCUGAUCUCGGUCUUGGCCUCAAGGGCGAGCUUGCCUCGCUGACGGAAGGAAUUUUUGCUGCUCAGGGCGGCGACGCUUUCAGUCAGCUGCCUCAAAAGACAUACGUCGGCAAGCUGGAGCCUGGUCUAGCAGAUGAGUUCCGUAACCGAGUCAACGAAUAUGUCGCCUCCACGGAGGCCGAAAUCGCUAAGAUGAAGGAGGAGCAAAAGCAAAAACUGGCCCAGUUCAAGGAGGGUUCUUUCAUUCGCACAAAGGAGCGCGAGCUCAGGUCGCUGGUUGAACAAACCGGACAUGAAGUAUGGAGAAUCGAAGGUCGCGUGGAUAAUACCGACAAUGACGACGAACACCCCCGUACAACCAGCAAGCAUACUCUAGACGACAUUGUGCAGCAGGUUGAAGCUUCUCUCGAUCGCAAGAUUGAGAGCAAACCCGCCCUUACACGCAUUCAAGAGGGAGGCUACCAAAUUCCUCCUCCUGAGCCCGAGCCCGAGCCGGAGGCCGAACCUACUACGGCGCCUGGGCAGCAAAUGUCUCGCCAGGUCUCUCAAGCUGGAUCACAGAACAGCGGCUUGAUGAUGGGCGAUGCUGACAUGGAUAUGGGAGACACAGCGUCCGGCUUACUUGACCAGAUGCACACUGGUCUGUCAUCCGCGUCCACGCCGGCUAAUAACUUCCCUACUCCUCAAGCGCAUCUGUCCGCUGGGCAGUCGACGGCCGCUACACCAGCCAACGUCAACGUGCCCUCGCCAGCUCCUGCGCAGCCUGCGUCCUCCACUGACGCCACUAUGGGUGACGCGAAUGCUCCCAAGCCUGGGCAGCUUAAUGCGCCAGGCGAGCAAGACGGUGACUGGGUUGUCGUGCCCAAGGAUGGCUCUUCAGAUCCCAACGUAGGUGCAGCCUCCGCUGCCAAGUCGUCGGCUGAGGACGCCAAGCAGCCGAGCGUCACAAAGCCGUCUGCGGAAGCCACGCCGGCCGGUUCCAACUCAUUCGACCAGAACGACUUUAGCUCCCUGGGCGACCUGGACACUGCCGGUGACGCCCUGUCUGGAUUCGACGCCCCAGAAAUGGACAGCGGUGCUGGUGACUUAGGUGAAGACAUAGACCUCAACAUGGAGAUGGAAGACUCCGCAUUUGGCGAUGCUUUCCACGGAGUCGGUGCUUCUGGCACUCCGGGUGAGGGGCAGGAAUAA